AUGAACGGUGACAGCUACUCAUCAAGAGGCAUGACACCCUCAGCGUCCUCAACAAACCCCAAACCAAGUGGAGCUACUACUGACAAGCAAGCAUCAGCAGAUUCUGGCCGCCAUGGCUCAUCAAGAGACUACCCUGCGCGCGACGAUCGACGUAGCGAUAGAGGAACUCGAGACAGACGCCGUUCCCGCUCGCCCGGCCACCGCGAUUCACGAUCAUCUCGUCGCGACGGGGAUGUAGAUUCGUACUCCACCAGCCGUGACUAUAGGGAGCGAGAGCGCGAGGACAGAUACUCGGGCAGAGGUGGUGGAGAGCGAAGAGGAGGGGAUAGAGCAGGGGAUAGAACAGGCGACAGAGAAUGGGAUCGAGACCGUGGCUCCUCGAGACGAGAUGCAAGACGAGAUGACGGAGACAGACCACCGAGGCGAGAUCGAGAUCUGUUCGAGGAUAGAAGAGGAGGUGGAGGUCGACGAGGUGGUAGAGGCGAUCGAGAUGCGUUUGGUGGAGCGCCAGAUCGAGGAGAACGACCCAAGAGUGCAUCGCCUCCGCCCAAGAAGAAGGAGCCUACACCAGACUUGACAGACGUUGUCCCAAUUUUGGAGCGCAAGAGACGAUUGACUCAAUGGGAUAUCAAGCCUCCAGGAUACGAGAACGUUACGGCUGAGCAGGCAAAACUAUCUGGAAUGUUUCCACUACCAGGAGCUCCUAGACAACAGCCUAUGGACCCAAGCAAGCUCCAAGCAUUCAUGUCGCAACCCAGCGGCUCUGUCACUAAUGCUGCUCUUAAGCCUUCUAACUCCCGCCAGGCCAAGCGCCUUCUCGUCAGCAAUCUUCCCCCAACAGUCAAUGAGGAGGCUAUCGUCAACUUUUUCAAUCUUCAGCUCAAUGGUCUGAAUGUUAUUGAAGGAUCAGACCCUUGCGUAUCUGCCCAAAUCUCAAAGGACAAGACAUUCGCUCUGCUAGAGUUCAAGCAGACAUCGGAUGCUACCAUAGCUCUUGCCCUUGACGGAAUUACGAUGGAAGAUGAACAUAUGAAUGGAUCUGCCACCAACGGCGACACCCAAGGGCUCUCUAUUCGCCGCCCAAAGGAUUAUAUUGUUCCUACAAUUACAGAUGAAACACCCUUUGAGGCUGGCGUCAUCUCCAACGUGGUUGUGGAUACCCAGAACAAGAUCAGCAUUUCAAACAUUCCACUCUACCUCACAGAUGAGCAAGUCACUGAGCUUCUCGUUUCAUUUGGAGAGUUGAAGGCAUUCGUUCUAGUCAAGGACAAUGGCACCGAUGAAUCUCGGGGAAUCGCGUUUUGCGAGUAUGUUGAUCCUGUUGCAACAGAUAUUGCCGUCGAGGGUCUCAACGGUAUGGAGCUCGGUGACAAGCAUCUGAAGGUACAAAGAGCUAGUAUCGGACAUACGCAAGUUUCUGGUCUCGAAAUGAGUGUGAAUGCUAUGUCUAUGCUUGCUGGAACGACUUCCCAGGGCCUGGAAGAAGGCCGUGUCUUACAGUUGCUGAAUAUGGUCACUCCAGAAGAGCUCAUCGAUAACGAGGAUUACGAAGGCACGAUCCUCCUGACUACCCUUAUCCAAUCGCUGCUGACAAUGUAUCCAGAAAUUUGUGAAGACGUAAAGGAAGAGUGCGAGAAGUAUGGCAAGGUGCUUGAUAUGAAGGUACCAAGACCUACCGGAGGAAGCAGACAGUCCAAUGGAGUCGGCAAGAUCUACGUCAAAUUUGACAACUCUGAUUCUGCUGGUAAAGCUCUUCGUACUCUGGCGGGAAGAAAAUUUGCGGAUCGUACAGUUGUCGUCACCUAUUUCUCAGAGGUAAUUCCCGAUCUAUUUCGUCUCUAA